GUUGCCAUCUCCGUAUAUAAAUAUCCUCCCAUCCUUAACAGGUUUAUUACGGAAAGUACUAGUAUCAUUUUCAUCUCUUCCUGUUCACCUUUCUUCCAUAGCACAGCAGCGCAGCAAUAUAAUGGCGCCGCCACCGCCGCCGCAUAUUGUAAUAGUCACGUACCCGGCGCAAGGGCACAUCAACCCUUCACUCCAGUUCGCCCAGCGCCUCAUCUGCAUGGGCAUACACGUCACCCUCUCCACCACCGUCUUCGCCCACCGCUUAAUGCUCAAAGCCAACGCCGCCGGCGUCCCCCGCGUCGCCGGCUUCACCAUCACCCCUUUCUCCGACGGCUACGACGAGCACGGCUUCAGAAUGAACCACGACGACAUGAACCAAUACUUGUCCGAUCUCAGGACCCGAGGUUCCCAGGCUGUGAGAGACAUCGUCUCCGGCUGCGCCUCCGUCGGCCGCCCCGUCACGGCGGUCGUCCGGACUAUCCUGCUCCCCUGGGUUGGCGACGUGGCGCGUGAGCUCAAAGUCCCGACCGCCCUCCUCUGGAUUCAACCCGCCGCCGUCUUGGGGAUUUACUACCACUAUUUCCACGGGUACAAGGACGCCAUAUUGGAAAAGGAGGUGGUUGAGCUGCCGGGGCUGCCGCCGCUUUCAAGGGCCGAUCUCCCGUCGUUCUUUUUGCCCUCCGGCUCCGACGGAGAUUAUAGUUUCGCUCUGCCCACCUUCAAAGAGGAACUGGAAAAGCUAGACGAGCUCCAACCCAGUGAUCAGACGCUACUGGUCAACACGUUCGACGCCUUAGAGGCGGAGACACUGAAGGCCGUUGAGAUAAGGUACACUUUACUCGGCAUUGGACCAUUGAUUCCGUUAGCUUUACACGACGGAGACGACCCUUCUGACACCGCAUUUCGGGGCGAUCUCUUCGAAAACAACGAAAACGACGAUAUCAAAAGGUGGCUGGGGUCACAGCGGAACGCAUCCGUGGUGUACAUAUCAUUUGGGAGCCUAUUAAAUCCUAGCAAACCCCAAAAGGAAGAGAUCGCCAAAGCACUACUGGAGACAAAACAGCCCUUCCUGUGGGUGAUAAGGAAGAAAUCAGAAAAUGAAGAAAAAGAAGAGCUAGAUUGCAGGGAGGAGUUGGAAACACAGGGAAAAAUAGUGGGGUGGUGCUCUCAAACGGAGGUGCUGAACCACCCGUCUCUCGGUUGCUUUAUCACCCAUUGCGGAUGGAACUCGAUGCUCGAAAGCAUAUGCUCCGGGGUGCCCGUGGUGGCGUUCCCCCACUGGACUGACCAGGGGACUAACGCCAAGCUUGUUCAAGACGUGUGGAAGACGGGCGUUCGCGUGGCAGCGGGGGCGAAGGACGAGGCCGGCGUUGAGGUUGUUGGGAGUGACGAAUUUAAGAGGUGCAUCGAGAUUGUGAUGGAUGGUGGAGAGAAAAGUGACGAGUUGAGAAAGAAUGCCAAAAAAUGGCAAUAUUUAGCUAAGGAAGCAAGCAAGGAAGGCGGUUCUUCUCACAUGAAUCUCAAGUCAUUUGCCGAGGAAGUAGUAAACCAUCAAUAAACCAUCAAAACAUUAGUUUGCCCAUACCAAUAAAUUAAAGCAAAAAUUGAUUGUAAUAAUCCCAACUAUUGGCGGUCCGCUUAUAAUAGUCCCAACUAUCGAUUAUUUCAGAAUAAUCCCAACUUUAGGGUCCUUCCGUCAAUAACAGUCCAUGUAAAUAAAUUCAUGUACUUUCUAAAGUAGAUAAGAAGAGAUAUAGCAAGUAAUCUCUAUAAAUAAUCCCAACUUUUAAUUUUUACGUUUAAUUUCUAUUUAAAAAUCACUUUUAUAGAAGGUAAUAUUUGGUCAUGGAUCAUUAUUGGCGGAUGGUCCAUAUAGUUGGGAUUAUACAAAAAUAAUCAAUAGUUGGGAUUAUUGUUAGCGGAUUGGCAAUAAUUGAGAUUAUUGUUUUCCAUUUUUCCUAAAUUAAACUUUCAAUAAUUCAAAUCAGUUAUAUAUUCAAAUCAGUCGUACGUAUAUGUUAGUGACUUAGUGGUGUUGUGGGGAUUGAUCUGUGUUUUGGAAAUAUUGGUGAAUUGGUAUGGGAUAUUGGUGAUGCCAUCAACAUAUUCAUUACGCCCAAGUAGAUUGAAUUGGCAAAUGGUAAUAUUGGGGCCGUUUGGAGCACCCAAAAUGGGCUUAUAAGUCUGAAAAUACUAAGAGCCCGUUUGGAGAACUCUGUUUUCGGCUUAUCAGGCUUAUCAGCCAGCUUUUUCACCAAACACGUAAUUUUUACUUUCGCGCGCUGAAUUGUGUAAUAAGCCGAAAAAGUAAGGUUGGAGUUACUUUUCUGGCUGUAUUGGCUGAAGUUACUGUAGAGGACCAUUUUAGCUAUUUUUACAUAUAAUUUUUUCUUUAAUUUAUUAAUAAAAUAUAUUUUUAAAAUAUUUUUUUCUUAAAUCAGCAGAAUCAGCCAAAACAGCCACUCCAGCCAGAAUAUCAUAAAUUUCAGCAGAAUCAGCCAAAACAGCCGAUUUUGGUGCUACCAAACGGGCUCUAAAAAAGUUACCAAACACUUAAUGGAUGGGCUAUUUGAGCUGCUUUUUAUGAUCAGCUGAAAAAGGAAGGAUAUGGUUACUUCUUCCGCUGCUUUUUAUUAUUGUACUGUGACAAAUUGAAAAGACUCUUUACCCUAGUGUAUUGCUGCUUAGUUCCGAAGAGGUUGAAGGUUGAUGAUGCUCCAAUAAAUACUUCGUUCCUUUUUUUUCAAGGAAAAAUUGAUAGGAAUAAUCCCAACUAUUGGUGGUCCGCCCAUAAUAAUCCCAACUAUCGAUUAUUUUAGAAUAAUCCCAACUUUAGGGACCUUCCGCCAAUAGUGGUCCAUAUAAAUAAAUUCAUGUAGUUUCUAAAGUGGAUGAGGAGUGAUAUAGCAAGUAAUCCCUAUACAUAAUCUCAACUUUUAAUUUUUACACUUAAUUUCUAUUUAAAAUUCACUUUUUGUAGGAGGUAAUAUAUGACCAUGGACCAUUAUUGGCGGACGAUCCAUAUAAUUGGGAUUAUACAAAAAUAAUAAAUAGUUGGGAUUAUUAUCAGCGGACCGGCAAUAGUUGGGAUUAUUAUUUUCAAUUUUUCCUUUUUUCAAUUCAAGUGAAUGAUUGCACGUGAACUUUUUAAUGCUCCAAAUGCUUUAUUAAAAUUAUAUACUCCAGUAAUAAUGAACACCAUUCAAAAAAAAAAUACAAAAUGUACUCAUAUUAUUUACAAAAAAAAAUUAUAAUAAUGUUGCUCAUAUUCCAAAAAAAAUGUGUAAAAAUCCGAGGCAGUACGUGAAAUUAUUAAAGCAAUCUUAUAAUUACCUAAUCAAGCAAAAUUAAUUUACUAGCAAAGUUUACAUACACUCCAUAUAUUUAACACAAAAAACUAAUACCUUUUACAGUAAUUUUACACUCAAUCAGCCAUUUCAGCCAACAUAUCACCAAAGACUUUCACUUCAGCACAUUCAGCCUAUUCAGCCUUAUCAGCCGUUGCAGCCGUUACCAAACAGGCCCAUUGUUUUUCAAAAUUUAGAAUAAUAGCUAAC